AUGGGUGUCGGAUAUUCCUCCCCUGGUAUGUUGGUAUUGAAGAUUCCCUGGGCGAACUUCAACAAGGUUCCAGAAGAUGUAGGAAUUCCAGUGCUCCAGCCCGAGCUCCUAUCUCCGGCAGCUGGUUUCCAUAACAGCUUCUCUUUUAUUCAGCUCGUAUUUGGAACACUUUCUAUGGACGGCGAUCUCAAAGAUCCAUCCUUCACGAUCACGCAAGACCCUCUGAGGUGGUAUGGGGCGUCGGAUCUAAUUCUGAUGCUCUGGGUUCCUGCAUGGAUUUUGUGUGUUAGUCCCAAAACUACGGACGUCAUGUUUUCUCAUGUUCACUUGUGUUCCUCGUUGACUAUUUUUAAAACGAGGCUGUUGGAUGGUCAACAUGCGUUUCUCAGUCGGAGAUAUCCUUCAUUCUCGGAUGCUUCCCUGACUUCAAGCACCCUUGGCAAGUUCAAACAGGUAUCUCCUGCCACCUCUGAUAACCAGCCCGUUUUCGUUAAGGCCUCCCUUAGUAACCCCGACAAUGUCAUUAUGCUGUCUAUACGAACCAACGUGGUAGAUAAUACUGCCCGCGAAGCCUUGUUAAAAGGUCAUGGCUUCUCUCAUUCUGUCGCGUUUCCUUAUCCCAUCGACGGCGCCAAAAUCAAGCUGCGCAUUGCACGAAAGUCCCAUUACAUAGAGGUGAAAUCAUUUGCUAUCAGAGCGUUCAUUCGGCAGCUCACGUACAUUUACUUCUUACACGUCUCAGCUCCUGUAUCGAAUCAAAAAGUCCUUGACAGCCUCUCGUUUAAUUAUGGCUCUGUACCUAUGCUCAAGCGUAUCGUCUGUAUCGUGAACGAAGACACAAACUUGCCUGAAAUCGUAAUCAUUCUCCGGCACGUUCGUCUCGAUCUCGCCUCCCAUACCGUGGUCAUUGAUUGUUUUGUCCUUCCAUUUACGAAAGCCUUGUACUGGACUUUACCAGUGUUGGAUAGGAAUCCGGUACUCACAAUAAAGACGCACAGCGCAGAGAUUAAGCUCUGGAAGCAGAUGCUCCCAGCAAUCACUGAAUGCUGUAGAACUUGGAGUCACGUCGAUAACUGCGAAUACCUCACUCGCGGAAUUCCGGCAUCUUUAGAGGAGUUCGAAACACCGCUAUGUUCAUGCGGGUGGCCAUGGCACUAG